CCCUGGGAGAAAACGCGCGGGGAGCGUCCGAGACGCCCCGUGAAAGCCGUGCCGACCCUUGGGAGGGUUGACAGGUCUAGAGAGACGCGCUGUCUGUUGUGGUGGGCCUCCCCGGAAUAAGUGAGGGGCUCUGUGUUUCGAGGAUGGUUCUAGCGCAGAGCCGGGCGUCCGCCGGCGUGGGCUCCCCGCAUUGUUCGGGCUCUGGCGGGGGCGGCUCUGAUUACUUUCCAUGGCCCGCCCCCCACCCCGGGAAUCCCCAGUGCUCCUUUUCCACGGCUUUUCUGGCGUCCCCCCGACUCUCCCGCGGCACUUUGGCCUACCUUCCCCCAGCGCCCUGGUCCUCCCUGGAGACCACCUCUGCACUCCCAGGGUCCUCCUCCCCACCCCCACCGGCGCGUCGCCCACAGCCGCGUGCCCUCUCCCCGGAGCUGGGGACCAAGGCUGGGCCCCGCCGGCCGCAUCGGUGGGAACUUCCGCGGUCCCCAUCCCAGGGCGCACAGGGUCCAGCUCCUCGGCGCCGACUCAUGGAAACAAUGAAAGGUAUUGUUGCAGCAUCUGGCAGUGAGACUGAGGAUGAGGACAGCAUGGACAUUCCCUUGGACCUUUCUUCAUCCGCUGGCUCAGGCAAGAGAAGGAGAAGGGGCAACCUACCCAAGGAGUCUGUGCAGAUUCUUCGGGAUUGGCUGUAUGAGCACCGUUACAAUGCCUAUCCUUCGGAGCAAGAAAAAGCAUUGCUGUCCCAGCAAACACACCUGUCUACAUUACAGGUCUGUAACUGGUUCAUCAACGCCCGCCGCAGGCUCCUCCCUGACAUGCUGAGAAAGGAUGGCAAAGAUCCAAAUCAGUUCACAAUUUCCCGCCGUGGGGCCAAGAUUUCUGAAACAAGCUCUGUGGAGUCCGUGAUGGGCAUCAAAAACUUCAUGCCAGCUCUAGAGGAGACCCCGUUUCAUUCCUGUACAGCUGGGCCAAACCCAACCCUAGGGAGGCCACUGUCUCCUAAGCCGUCAUCCCCGGGAUCAGUUUUGGCUCGUCCAUCAGUGAUCUGCCAUACCACUGUGACUGCAUUGAAAGAUGUCCCUUUCUCUCUCUGCCAGUCGGUUGGUAUGGGACAAAACACAGAUAUACAGCAGAUAGCGGCCAACAACUUUACAGACACCUCUCUUAUGUACCCAGAGGACACAUGUAAAUCUGGACCAAGUACAAAUACACAAAGUGGUCUUUUCAACACUCCUCCCCCUACUCCACCGGACCUCAACCAGGACUUUAGUGGAUUUCAGCUUCUAGUGGAUGUUGCACUCAAACGGGCUGCAGAGAUGGAGCUUCAGGCAAAACUUACAGCUUAACCCAUUUUCAAGCAAAACAGUUCUCAGAAAUGUCAUGAUUGCCGGGGUGAAGGCAAGAGAUGAAUUGCAUUAUUUUAUAUAUUUUUUAUUAAUAUUUGCACAUGGGAUUGCUAAAACAGCUUCCUGUUACUGAGAUGUCUUCAAUGGAAUACAGUCAUUCCAAGAACUAUAAACUCAAAGCUACUGUAGAAACAAAGGGUUUUCUUUUUUAAAUGUUUCUUGGUAGAUUAUUCAUAAUGUGAGAUGGUUCCCAAUAUCAUGUGAUUUUUUUUUUCCUCCCCUUCCCUUUUUUUGUUAUUUUUUCCGACUGUGCAAUACUUAGAGAACCUAUAGCAUCUUCUCAUUCCCAUGUGGAACAGGAUGCCCACAUACUGUCUAAUUAAUAAAUUUUCAAUUUUUUUCAAACAAGUGUGAAUCUAGUUGAUUGAUGCCUUUUUUUCAUGACAUAAUAAAGUAUUUUCUUUAAAAA